AUGGCUUCGCUCCGCACUGGUCUCCGUGUUGCGCAGCCGUUGCGAGCAUCGGCUCGUAACUUCGCUACUCGUCCCUCGAUUCGUUCGAGCGUUCGUCACUACAGCUCGCCUGCUCCUGGUUCGCCACCUCCUCCGCAACCAUCGAGCAGCUCGUCGACCAGCAAGGUGCUGCUUACCUCGGUCGCCAUUGCUGCUGCCGCCGGUGGUGCUUUCCUCGCAUUUGGCCGCGACGACAAAGUGUCGAUCCUGGGCGUCGGCGCAAAUGGCGCCAAUAAGUUCCAGGGCUCUAAGGGCUCGGUAGGCCCUGCCACCACCAGCGCUCACUCCAAGGCCGACUACCAGGCUGUCUACAACGCCAUCGCCGAGCAGCUCGAGGCAAACCCCGACUACGACGACGGCUCGUACGGCCCUGUCCUCGUGCGUCUCGCAUGGCACGCUUCAGGUACCUAUGACAAGAACAGCAACACCGGCGGCUCCAAUGGUGCCACAAUGCGAUUCGCCCCCGAAUCUGAACACGGCGCUAACGCUGGUCUCGGUGCUGCCCGUGACUUCAUGGAGAAGAUUCAUCAGAAGUUCCCGUGGAUCACCUACUCUGAUCUCUGGACGCUCGGAGGUGUCGCUGCCAUUCAGGAGCUUGGCGGCCCCAAGAUCCCUUGGCGCCCUGGCCGCAAGGAUGCUACCGCCGACAAGUGCACUCCUGAUGGCCGACUUCCCGACGGUGACAAGGGUCCAGACCACCUUCGAUACAUCUUUUACAAGAUGGGCUUCAACGACCAGGAAAUUGUGGCACUCUCGGGUGCGCAUGCUCUCGGCCGAUGCCACACGGACCGGUCCGGAUUCGAUGGCCCUUGGACUUUUGCUCCUACGUCGUUCACCAACGAAUACUUUAACCUGCUUAUGAACGAAAAGUGGAACAUCCGAAAGUGGAACGGCCCUCCUCAAUUCGAGGACAAGUCGACCAAGAGCCUCAUGAUGCUCAUGACCGACAUGGCUCUGGUGCAGGACCCUUCGUUCAAGAAGCACGUUCAGCGCUACGCCAAGAGCGAGGACGAAUUCUUCAACGACUUCCGCAGUGCCUACGCCAAGCUACUUGAGCUCGGUGUCCCAGCUGAAAACUUCAAGGCUUUCGAGACCAAGCUCGACGGUGGCAAACCGUUCGAGUUUGCUACUUCAGCUGAGCAGGAGAACGCCAACUAA